GGGCGAAGCGCACCUCACCACGAAAGCAUAAUGCCUAGAUGAAUCCGAGUUUGCACCGGUCCAAGUGGGUACGUUCCUAUUGGUCGGGUUGAUUGGACUCCAGCUGCACAUCUGCUACAAGGCCGCACAAGCCAACAAAAGCGAUCCGACAUGCUCUCUCGCUUCAGAUCGGUCUCCAAGGCAUUGUGACUUCCGAACCUCUGCACGAAGUCUGACUGUGUACCCGCCGACUGUAGCUGGCGGACUCGAAAGGAGUGAUCUACAUCAUACCUACAGAAGAACAACAUCAAGCCACAAGGAAAUGACGACAACAGCACCAUAUGCCGAUCCUGCGUGGAUCAGUCGCAAUGUCAGCCCAUAUUACACAAAUUCACACAGAGCGGUUCAGCGCGAAGCACGAGAAUACGUCUCAACUAACAUCACACCGUUCUGUGAAGAGUGGGAAAGACAAGGUUCUGUGCCCCACGAUGUUUUUCUCAAUCAUGCCAGGCUUGGGUAUAUGGCAGUUUCGGUGUAUCCUCUAGCUGUGGAACAAAUCAAAGCCUCGGGCCAGAGGCUCCCAGGGAACGUCAAGCCAGACGAAUGGGAUGGCUUCCAUGACCUGAUCAUAAUCGACGAGAUCGCCAGAUGCGGAUAUCUUGGUAUCAUCUGGGCAUUGAGUUGCGGGAAUUCCAUAGGAGCGCCACCAUUGAUCAACUUUGGCAGUGAUGAGCAGAAGAAGAGAUUUUUGCCAGAUAUGCUGGCUGGAAAGAGUCGAUUCUGCCUAGGAGUUACGGAACCUGAUGCUGGAUCGGACGUGGCCGGUAUACUUACCACAGCCGAACGCAAGGGCGAUGUUUAUCUCGUCAACGGGUCGAAGAAGUGGAUCACUAAUGGUAUAUUCGCCGACUAUUGCACGGCUGCUGUCAGAACAGGUGGCGAGGGUCGCAAUGGUAUAUCUGCCCUGAUCAUCCCGCUGAAGGUGAGAGGAGUAACCUGCAGGAAGAUUGAGAAUUCAGGGGUCAGCGCGAGUGGAUCGACCUACAUCGAAUUCGACGACGUCGAGGUCCCCAUAGCGAACCUGCUUGGAGCAGAGAAUCGAGGUUUCGACAUCGUCAUGUCGAACUUCAACCAUGAGAGGCUAUGGUUGGCUUGCACUUCGCUUCGCAUGGCUAGAGUUUGCGCAGAGGAUGCAUAUGCCUAUGCUAUUCGGCGGGAGACUUUCGGCAAGGCCUUGAUUACGAACCAAGUUAUCCUUGCAAAAGUCGCAGGCUUCGGCCGUGCCAUAGAGCCUGUACACGCUUAUAUGGAGUCCUUGGUGUACAUGACAGAGCACGAAAGAAAGAGAAAAGGGCUCAAAAGACAAGGCGGCAGUGUCCUUCUUGGUGCUGAGACGACAGCUCAUCAAGUCGACCUCAAUCUCGGUGGGAUGAUUGCCACUCUGAAGACCGCUGCGGGUCGUGCGUUGGAACAAGUCAAUCGAGAAGCUCAGCAGAUACUGGGUGGCGCAGGCUAUUCGAGGACCGGCAAAGGUGCAAGGAUCGAGCAGAUAAGCCGUGAUGUGCGAGUGAUGGUCGUUGGCGGUGGAAGUGAGGAAAUCUUAUCCGAGCUUGCUGUCAAGCUGGAAAGAAAAGAGCUGGAAACAUUGGCUCGACGGACAAGCCGCUUGUAAACCUUUAGCAUUCUUCUGAGCAAAACAUUCGCACUUUAA